AUGAACUUCAACUUCAUACGCUAUUUCCUCCGUCCUUCUGGAGACCUCAUAACAGACCCCUUUCUGAUGAGCUUCCACGCAGUUACUCAUUUUCAGAAGAUCCUCGGGCCUAUGCCUGCGCCUGCAGUUGGAAUAAUCUCAACCUCUCUAUGGUUUCGCUCCCUGACUGGUUUCUUCUGUUCGGAUAGCCAGUGUCUUCAGAUGACCACUUUCCCUGCAGCAGAGGAAAUCACGUCAACUCUCUUCAAACUGAACCAAAAUAACGCGCCUGGUCUAGACGGUCUUACCGCAGGAUUCUACAGAGGCUCUUGGAGUGUUCUUGGUGUGGAGGUUAUCCAAUCUAUAUGCCACUUCUUCAAUACUUCGUUCUUACCAGCAUCGACUAAUGCCACUAUCUUGUCAUUAGUCCCAAAGUUUCCAGGAGCAUCUCUCAUUACAGAAUACCGGCCCAUCUCCUGCUUGAACACUCUCUAUAAGGUGAUCUCGAGACAGCUUGUGAAGAGGCUGAAACCGAUACUCACUCCGCUUAUUGUUCCUAAUCAAACAACGUUUGUAAAGGGACGUUUGUUAGUAGAGAAUACUUUUUUGGCUGGCUACAAUGGCUAUGUAAAUGGUUACUUUAAAGGUACUCGUGGGUUGAGGCAAAGGGAUCCCUUGUCUCCUUAUCUUUUUGUCAUCGCCAUGAACACUCUCUCCCUCAUGUUGAAUCAGGCAGCACAAGAGAUGAGGUUUAACUACCAUUCCAAAUGCCAAGGAUCCAAACUCACCCAUUUGUGUUUUGCUGACGAUUUGUUGAUUUUUAUGGAUGGCUCCUUGGAAUCGGUACAAUCUGUCUUGCAGGUGCUUCGGGAAUUUGAGCUAAGAUCAGGCCUCGCUGUCAGUGUGCAAAAAUCUUUCUUCUUUGCGUCUGGCCUCUCACAAAGGGAAACUGAUUUGAUCCAGUUAACUACGGGUAUGCCUAUGGGCUCUCUUCCCGUGCGAUACCUAGGAGUCCCCUUGUGCACAAAGAAGCUAUCACUCUUGCACUGUGAGGUGCUACUUCAGCAAAUAAAAACGAAGCUCUCUUCAUGGAGUGCAAAAUCCUUGUCCUUUGCGGGUAGACUGCUGCUAAUCAAAACUGUUAUCACCGGCAUUACGACCUUCUGGUGCUCCACUUUCAUCCUACCACAAGCUUGUGUGAAGCGGAUAAACUCCCUCUGUGGCGUCUUUAUAUGGCAAGGAGAUAUAGAGAAACAUCAUACUGCAAGGGUCUCUUGGGUGGUUGUGACAAAGCCAAAGCGUGAAGGAGGAUUGGGAAUAAAGAACUUAGCUAUUUGGAACAAAGCCUGCUGUCUCAAACUGAUAUGGCUUCUUUUCUUCCAGUCAGGUUCGGUGUGGGUUGCCUGCUGGAUCAAACUUCGUGUGCAGAAUGGCUUAUCCUGUCGAUUCUGGAGUGACAAUUGGUCCCCUUACGGCUCCCUAAGGUCCUACCUUAGCCUUGGGGGAAACUCAAGCUUAGGUAUCCAUCAGCAAGCUACAAUUGCCUCUCUGAGAAGUAACAACAACUGGCUACUUCCCCCUGCAAGGUCAGACAAUCUCGUUAAUAUUCAUGCUUAUCUAACUACUAUCCAUCUCAAUGAUAAUGAAGAUUAUUAUGAGUGGGAUAUCGAUGGGAAAAUCAGCAGCCGUUACAGUGCGGGUACUAUUUAUGAAAAGCUCUGUGUGGAAGGAGUCUCUGUACCUUGGUUUGCCACGGUCUGGAACAAGGGCGGAAUUCCUAGACACAGCUUUCUCUCUUGGCUGUUUGUUCUCAACUGUUGCCCUACUAAAGAUAGAAUCAUCCGAUGGGGACAUCACACAUCACCCACUUGCCUUCUCUGCAACCGCUCUGAUGAAAGCCGUGACCACUUGUUCUUCAUGUGCCAUUACUCUUGGAGUCUAUGGGGAUCUUUAGCACCACGAUGCGGAGUUCAACCAUAA